AAUAUAAUACAAUAAAAACUAAAAGUACUAAACACAUCAGAAUUAACCCACUAUUUUCUCUCGCCCACCAUUGACUCUUACUUUACAUUCCUCCCCUACCAAACACCUCAUUUUCUCACACAAACACUUUCUCUCUCAAAAAACUCAGAGAUCUUUCUCUCUCUUCGCCGGAACAAAGCCGACGAUCGAGAUGACUCUAUCACACAUAGCUACCUCACCAUCUCGAUCUAAUCUCAUAAGGCCGCUCACAGCCGCCUUCUCAUGCACUCUUCCUCUCCGCCGUCCGAUCUCAUCGGCGGCGAACGGCGACUCCACCACCCUCACGAUCGAGACUUCGGUCCCUUUCACAGCGCACAAUAUCGAAGAGCCCUCGCGCUCCGUUGAAACCACGCCCAAGGAGCUUCUCACCUUCUUCCGCGACAUGGCUCUGAUGCGCCGAAUGGAGAUCGCUGCAGACUCGCUUUAUAAGGCCAAGUUGAUCCGAGGGUUUUGCCAUCUCUACGACGGACAGGAGGCUGUCGCCGUCGGCAUGGAGGCCGCAAUCACCAAAAAGGACGCCAUUAUCACUGCUUACCGUGACCACUGUAUCUUCCUCGGCCGUGGUGGGACACUCUUGGAGGUGUUUGCUGAGCUUAUGGGUCGCCAGGCCGGUUGCUCAAGAGGAAAAGGAGGUUCGAUGCAUUUUUACAAAAAAGAGUUUGGCUUUUAUGGCGGUCACGGCAUUGUUGGGGCUCAGGUCCCGCUUGGAUGUGGGUUGGCUUUCGCCCAGAAGUAUUCCAAGGACGAAGCUGUGUCCUUUGCUAUGUACGGUGAUGGUGCGGCCAAUCAGGGGCAGCUCUUCGAGGCCCUUAACAUCUCUGCGCUUUGGGAUCUGCCGGCCAUUUUGGUUUGCGAGAACAACCAUUAUGGAAUGGGCACUGCCGAGUGGAGAGCAGCUAAGAGCCCGGCGUAUUACAAGCGUGGGGACUAUGUUCCUGGCUUGAAGGUUGAUGGCAUGGAUGCCCUUGCGGUGAAACAGGCAUGCAAAUUCGCGAAAGAGCACGCUUUGAAGAACGGACCAAUUAUUCUCGAAAUGGAUACUUAUAGGUACCAUGGUCAUUCCAUGUCUGAUCCUGGAAGUACCUAUCGCACACGUGACGAGAUCUCUGGUGUGAGACAGGAGCGUGAUCCAAUUGAGAGGAUAAGAAAGUUGAUAUUAUCUCAUGAUAUUGCUACUGAGAAGGAUCUCAAGGAUACUGAGAAGGAAGUAAGAAAAGAAGUUGACGAAGCCAUUGCAAAGGCAAAGGAGAGUCCAAUGCCAGAUACGCAUGAACUCUUCACAAAUAUUUAUGUGAAAGAUGCUGGACUUGAGGUUUUUGGUCCCGAUAGGAAAGAAAUUAGAUCUGUGCUCCCGUGAACGGAAAUGAAGGGGAAAUUACCCUAAACUGACCAUUCUUGCCUCCUCGCUGCUUUCUCCUAAAUUGGACUACACUUGUCCGCUUGCCGGAAAAGAGAAAAAAAAUAAUAAUAAUAAAGCAAUAAGUUGUUUUUGAGUAAAAAUGGUUUUUUCAUCUGGUUAAGGUUAAGUAUCCUUUUUGUAUAGGGAAUUCUUCUCAAGAAAUGGGACGGGAGUUUAAUUCGUGCCACCCGUCGGUGUUUUUUUUUUUUUUUUUUUCUCACUUUUGUUGGUAAGCCCACAACUUUUGCUGAUUGAGGAUGUAAGGCUUUUGAUCCUGACAUACCUGGCAUGCUUUCUAUAAGAUUUUUUCUGUUCAAUUUACUAACUUCCGGUUUA